AUGGACGAUGAUGUGGGAUCGAAGGAAAAUGAUUUUGGGUUGGAUGAGACUCCUAACGAAGAUGGAAGAAACCCUAAGUGUGAUAUAGUAGUGCCAAAAGUUGGAAUGGAAUUCGACGAGGUAGAAGAAGUAUAUGAAUUAUAUAGAAAAUAUGCAGUUGGAACAGGAUUUGGAUGUAAGAUACGCUCGUCAAAGAAAGAUGAGGGGAUAUUAAGGCAUGUAACAUAUACUUGUGUUAAAAAUGGUAAGCAUAAAAUAGCAUCAACUACUCCAUUCGAGAUUGAUCCUACCGGAAAAUGUGAAUGCAAAGCUAAGUUAACAAUAAUUUUGGGUGUAAAUCUUAAAUGGCGAAUUACUGUUUUUGUUCCCGAGCACACUCACAGGACAAGCCCAAGUAAAAACUCGAUUCAUGAGAUGUAA